CCCUCCCCCGCUCCCCAUGAGCAAUCAAUGCUCCGCUGCUCGAACGCAACCGCUUUCUUUUUCCUUCGCCCCCUCCGCGAACGCCACCAAGCUUGGCUGGGAACGCAGGGCAGGAGCAACGCCUCAUCAUCUCGCUUUAUUGCUCGCCUUCACAGUCCCUAUCCAUACGCAUUUCAAAAUCCCACAUUUAUCGAGUCCCUUUCUCCACUACCGUUGAGAGUGAUAGGAAGCAAGUGAUGGAGGAGCGAGCGACGAAGUACGGCGGCCUUGCCAGUCCGGAGAGCGCCCGCGAUUGGGCGGAGCCGCCAUCACCUCCGCCGCCGCCGCUGCCCCAGGGGAGGAAGAUCCCCGUGGUGUAUUACCUCUGUCGGAACCGCCACCUCGAGCACCCUCAUUUCAUCGAAGUCCCCCUCUCUUCCCCCGACGGGCUGUACCUGAGAGAUGUGAUCGAUCGGCUCAACGUGUUGAGAGGAAAGGGAAUGCCCGCCAUGUAUUCGUGGUCUUGCAAGAGGAGCUACAAGAAUGGAUUCGUGUGGCAUGACCUCGCCGAGGAUGAUCUCGUGCUCCCGGCUAAUGGCAACGAGUACGUUCUCAAGGGCUCUGAGCUCUUAGAUCAGUCUCCUUCAGAUCGGAUUCAUCAAAGCAAUGGCAACAGCAGGUUGCUGAACUUGAAGCCCCAGCAGCAAGAGAACCCCGCGAUUUCAAGAACUCAAGAAGCCGCCGGUUCUUCCUCCUCUUCCCCUGCCUCGUCUGCAAUCGAACAGCCAAAGCCACCGCCGUCACCGCCUUCCCCUCGCGACGAUGAGCAUUCCCCUUUGCUUCAUUGUCCAGGUCUCGGACCCCCAAGGCCUCCAGCAUGGGAGAAGAGUUUGGUGGGUCCAACAGAGUCCCGAGCUUAUAAGUCCGUCAAUGCUGCAGAUGCUUCGACUCAGACGGAUGACGAUGGAGAGAUGAAUGCCCGUGGAGGUCGUGCCAUCUUCACCCGAGGAAUUUCAACUGAUGACAGCUCGGUGGAUCUUGAAUUCGUUAAGAGGCUGCGGAGCCAUGACCAGCGAUCCAAAGAGCGCUUAGAGACUGGUGGGGAUGCAAUUUCACCGGCACCAACUUCGUGGAGCAAUUCAUCCUCUAGUGGGAAGAUGGAGACCUUGGAAUCUUUAAUUAGAGCUGAUACCAGUAAGAUAAAGAGCUCUUUAAUUCGGAUGCAUAAGGAGGAGGAGGAGGAAGAGGAGGCCCUCUUUCGUGCAAAGCCAAAGUUAAGGCCAACAAAUGUGUUGAUGCAAUUAAUUACAUGUGGAUCAAUCUCUGUGAAGGAUCACCACAGCUUUGGUCUGGUGCCGACCUACAGGCCGAGACUCUCCCAUGUAAAGUUAUCUUCGCCAAUGUUUGGUGGAUCCAUGAUGCUUGGAGAGAUUGACUACCUGUCGGAGCAUCCGAGGCUAAUGGGAUCGAGAGUAGAAAGCAAGGAAUAUUUCAGUGGGAGCUUGAUUGAGCUGAAGAAGCACAAGAAUAUAGUAAGAGAAAUGAUGCUGCCCACUCUUAAACGCUCUUCUUCAUACAAUGCAGAUAGGAAUUGCAAGACACCAGACUCAGAGCAGGGCACGGCUAAGCUAAUGGAUUCAUCACCCUCGAAGUGUCUCCCUCGCACGAUUAACAAGCAGCCUAAAAGUAAAGCAAGUGUGUCAUCUAUCUCAGAUGGCUCGAGGAAAUCUUCUGAUGGACUAGAUUGCAGGGAAGCAUCUCAAAGUGCAAACCAAAGGAUCACCUUGUCAGUCAAUGAAUCAUCCACUGGUGUAGAAUCUACAAAAGAAAGAAAGGAGAAGGUGAUCAUGAUCGAGGAAAGUUAUGUUUCUCCUUGCCCUUAAUCAACCAUUAUUGUGAUCGAGUGCUGCUUCUUCACUUGAUAGAUUGUACUUGCUUCUUGCAGACUUACAUCGGGAGCUCGUGUAACCAUUCAGUCCAGAGCCCCAUGUUAUGAUAGCGAGGAGGGUUCUGAUUCUUGAGUAGAGCUUUACAAGUUCAGUCCAUCUUUGUCGAACUGUUGAGUGGUGAGCAUGAAAGGUUGAUGUGUGAUUUGCAAUGGUCUCAUUCAGGUUAUGUUAUUAUGUUUCGAAUUCGAUUCCGAUUCCGCAAAUCUAGCUUUUUCUGCAAUGGUCUCACUUGUGAAACACCGGAGGUUGCAUUUCAUCUGCUCUGUGUCUUCAGCAAACUUUCACUUCCCUCAUUUGUCUAGGUUUUUUGUAUGCCCAUAGGAAGCUCUGGUUGCAUGAGCAUCAUCAACAAUCGAAAAAGCUAGAUCUUUACUCCGGUCAACCGGCUUACAAAUUGUUGUCGAUGGAAAUUGGCCACCAACUUCACUGA